AUGGCAGCAGUCCCGGUCAUUGACUCCCACAUCCACCUCUACCCAGAGGCAGAGAUGCCCACUUUGGCUUGGCUCAAGCCGGACCACCCCUCGCAAGCGAGCAUUCCGUGGCCGACGCUGGAAAAAUAUCUGGAAAAGGUCCAGGAGGCGGCCGGCGAGGCGUGGGCCAAGGUCAAGGGCUUCCGGUAUCUUUUGCAAGAUAAGCCUCACGGGACCAUGCUCACGGCCAAGUUUGUGGAAGGCAUCAAGUAUCUUGGAAAGCGGGGCUUUGCAUUCGAGGUUGGAGUGGACCAACACCGAAGAGGAAAGAAACAACUUGAUGAGCUCGUCGAGCUCAUUAGUCGCGCUCACGAAGACGUCCCCGAGGAUGAAAAGACCACGUUCGUCAUUAACCACAUGGGCAAGCCUGACCUAACCAUAUACAACCUGACCGACAAGGGCUACAUCAAUUGGCGCGAGGCCGUCUAUACCCUUAGUCGCUGUGAGAAGACAUAUUUGCAGCUUAGCGGAGGGUUUCCAGAGAUGACGGACUCUCUCAAGAAUCGAUCUGCCGAUGAGAUAUUCGAGGCCUUCCACCCGUGGUUCGGAAUCCUGUUGGCCACAUUCGGCCCCGAGAGGCUCAUGUUCGGAACGGACUGGCCAGUCUGCACCGUGGGACUUGAGGAGAAUGCGCUAGAGAAAUGGUACGAGGUUGUGAGCAGGAUGUGCUACAUGGCCUCUUUAAGCGAGAAUAAGCAGAGAAUGCUUUAUGCGGGGGCCGCCAUCGAGGCAUUUGACCUUGACAUCUAA